AUGCCUGAUGCGAGCAAGCUAGAUGCCUCGGAGACAUAUUCUGAAAUGUGGAUGGGUACAUAUCCUUCGGUGCCAUCUCGGAUCCGUUCUACUGGAAAGCUCCUCUCUGAGCAUCUCAAGGAAAAUCCCGAUCUUGUUGGACAGUCAGUUUGCGAUAGAUACGGGCCUGACAUCCCGUUUCUCCCAAAGGUGCUCUCCUUUGCAAAAGCACUCCCCCUUCAGAUUCACCCAGAUAAAGGUCUUGCCGAGCGCUUGCAUGCGAAGAAUCCUGAGAAAUUCGGCGACACCAAUCACAAGCCCGAGAUCGCCAUCGCUCUGUCGCGAUUUGAAUCGUUUGUUGGAUUCAAGACUCUCGACGACAUUGCAGAGCUCAUGCGGUUGAAGCCAUUGCAGCAAUUCGUACCAGCGCAUAAGAGCUUUGAUGACGGAGUUUUACGAAAACUAUGCGAGACUUUGUUAAGCUUGCCCCCGGAUACCGUAUCUGAGAUUAUUACAAAACUCCAAGAUAUUCCUUUGUCUGAUUUUGGAAAUAACGAGCUUGUUCCAUCACUCCUCGAUCGACUCAGCAAGCAAUAUACAAAAUUCGACAACGGGAACUUGGUCGCCGCUCUUCUAAUGAACUACAUGGUCCUGGAGCCUGGAGAAGCUGUCUGUGUUCCUGCCGACAGCAUCCAUGCGUACCUAUCUGGUGACAUCAUCGAGUGCAUGGCGCGCUCUGACAACGUCCUAAACACGGGCUUCUGUCCACGCGCUGAUCGUGAUGAUAUCGAGUUGUUUUCACAGGCUCUUACAUUCCAGCCACAUAGCCCACAAGACUCUCUUCUCCAGUCGAAAAAGAGCCCAAUUGGACUAAAAGGAAAAUCCAAUGAAUAUAGCCCUCCAUUUAGCGAGUUCAAUGUCCUGGGCGUGACCUUGUCUCCCAAGGAAGCUGAAAAGCACCGGGUUCUUGGAAGCCCUAGUAUCUUAAUUGCUACUCAGGGCUCUGGAAAGAUGGAUGUGGGUGAUGGAACAGUUCAUGAUAUUGGGGAAGGGAAUGUCUAUUUUGUCGCAAAAGACGCUGAGUUGGAAUUCUCGACCAAGAUGGGGUUGACAGUUUAUCGAGCCUAUGCCACCUUCUAA